UUUAUUUUGCUAUGUCUGGGCGUGGCAAGCAAGGUGGUAAGGUUCGGGCUAAAGCGAAGUCUCGCUCUUCGCGGGCAGGUCUCCAGUUUCCUGUGGGCCGAGUGCAUCGCCUGCUUCGUAAGGGCAACUACGCUGAGCGGGUUGGGGCUGGCGCGCCGGUGUAUUUGGCAGCGGUGUUGGAGUACUUGACGGCCGAGAUACUGGAGUUGGCCGGUAAUGCGGCGCGCGACAACAAGAAGACUCGCAUCAUCCCGCGCCACCUGCAGUUGGCCAUCCGCAACGAUGAAGAGCUUAACAAACUGCUGGGCCGCGUGACUAUCGCUCAGGGUGGGGUCUUGCCGAACAUCCAGGCGGUGCUGUUGCCUAAGAAGACCGAGAGCCACCACAAGGCCAAGGGCAAGUGAUUUGACAGGGAUUUGAGUUUUCGGAAGUGCUUUCAAACCCAAAGGCUCUUUUCAGAGCCCCCCACUAUUUCAGAGGAAGAGCUAACACCGCUUGGAAUAUUAAGGAAAAGGAAGGUUUCAAAAGCUUCUCACUACAAAGAGACGCCUAGAUCCAGAGUGUCUGUCAAAACUCAUCAAUUCUCAGAAAUAAAUGGAUUGGCAUCUGUGUUCUGACAUCAUUGAUUGAUUCCGCACCUGCAAAUUUUUUCCUAUUAAAAACGUACUCUGGGUCUUUCCUGGUGGCGCAGU